CUCAUGUUUCACCUUCUUAGAAUAUGUAUGCAUGCAUCCUUCAUCACAUUCUAUCCACUAUAUAUAUAUAUACAACACAUGAAUUAAAUACUAUAACCCUCUUUUGUUAUUUCUUAAUCAAUCAAUGGAGAAAGUGUUGUUCCCUAUCUCAUCUUCAUCAUCUGAUUUAAAACUUGGUGAUCAUAUCCAUAAUUCUAAUGUUCAUGUCAAGAAGGCUUCAUGGCCAAGCCAGAAAGGUGGUAAAGAAAUCAGUCACAAAUAUGCAUUUCAAACAAGGAGUCAGGUUGACAUACUGGAUGAUGGGUACCGCUGGAGAAAGUAUGGGGAAAAGUCUGUCAAAAACAAUAAAUUUCCUAGAAGUUACUACAGAUGUUCUUAUAGAGGUUGCACUGUGAAGAAACAAAUCCAACGGCAUUGGAAAGACCAAGAGAUUGUGGUAACAACCUAUGAAGGGAUACAUAUUCAUCCUGUUGAGAAGUCACCUGAAAGCUUUGAGCAGAUUCUGAGAAACUUUCAAAUAUACCAUUUAAGUCUAUAAUUAAUAUUGUAACUUAAAUGUUAGAAUAGGGUGACAUGGGAUAGAUAGAACCUAAUGUUAUCUGAAAGAUCUAGUUCAUUAAUUGUAGUGGAUAUAAACAACAUUUCAAUUUAUUGUCAAUUUGAAGUUGUGAUUUAACAAUCGAGCUAGUAUUUAUCUUUAUAUUCCAAAAUAUAUAUA